UAAAUUCCUUAUACGUGGCGCGUGACAUGGCAACUUCGCUGACUCGCCGGACGAAAUCGGAAGAGAGGCUGUUCGACGCCGGAGUCUGGAAGACGGACGAAGCAGUCUCUGUCUCCGACAGGCCAAUGGCCGGAAUCUGUUGCUCUCCACCACUUCCUUCAUCUCUAUCCCCCAAGACGAAAUACGACGUACGAUGCUUCUCGAGCUCGCCGGAUAAUUCUGGUGGUCGCCGGAAGAAAGAGGCCUCUCCGAUUGUUAAAAUUGCAGUGAGUGGAGUCACGGAGCUUCUUAGGCUUUUCUCCUCUUCUAAGAGUUCGACGCCUAAAUGGUUCAUGAAAAUGCGACCGGGACAUAUGAAUUCAAUUCUCUUUGGUCUAUGUCUGAGUUGCAGAUUUGAUGGAGUUGGGGACAAUCAGAAAGAGGAGUUUGUAGUUGCAGGCGUUGAUGAUGUUCUGGACAUCCUGAAAUCAGAUUACAAGAAUGCUUACUUCGUUACAGCGGGUGCUGUGUGUAACUGCUGCGUAAAAUCAGAAAUGAAGCUCUGGAAGGGUAAUGAAGCUCUGGAAGGGUAUUUUGUGAUGACUUAUAUACUGGAAACAGGGAUAUUCACUUCUGAAAUUUAUGCUGACGAUUGCCUCUUUGAAGAUCCCACCAUCAAAUUUCGAGGUAAGGAGCUGUAUUCACGGAACUUAAAGUUACUUGUUCCAUUUUUUGAUUGUCCAUCAAUCCAACUACAAAAAAUCAAUAAGGGUAACAAAUCUGGAGUCGAAUUUGUGGUGGCAGCCUGGAAACUAAGGACAUACCUGAAACUUCCAUGGAGGCCACUCAUUACUAUUCAUGGAAGUACACUCUACGAACUAGAUGAAGAGUUGAAAGUGAGAAUCAAUAGUGAGGCAUGCUGAGAGCUGGAGUGUUUCUGCACUUGAGGCAAUAGGUCAGAUAUUCAUCCCAAGUUUUAGAGGAGACUGAAAAUUGAACUCAAUUUUCUCUAGAAAUCAGAUCUCAUAGCUUUAUCAGCAGCAGUGGCUGAAUAUGACUGCCAUGAUGAGUCUAAGAUGUCCAUUCACUUGACUGAAUUGUAAGUUCUUCUUCUCUCUACUUUAUAUAUAAAAUGUCAUAUGCAGAUAAGCUCUAUAGUUUAUCCAAUGAAUUGAAACUUGUUGGCUUCACAAGCCUUUUGUAAUGUAGAUAAAAUUAGAGAAGAUUUCAUUUUCCCCCCUAGAACUUAAUUUUUCUUUUUAGAUGAGACAUUUCGUCUAAUCAUACAACAUUUGGAUGUCGAGAAUUUUGUAACAUAUUAAUAUCUUUGGUGGGUGGUUUUUAUAGGGUUUUGACCCACUUCUUCAAAGUACUUGCCUCUAUAAUGACUUGACAAGUUCAUGGUUGUUCCUUGUACCUG